UUUAAGGAGUAUGGGAACUUAUAAAGAAACUCAAGGAUUGUGACCCAGCAAGAUCGACCUAUUGUGGAAGAACAGUACCAAAAUUGGAUACGUACCUGAAUCCUACAAGCCUAAGUCAAAGCAAGUAGUUGUUGUAAAAUGGACGAAGACUGUGCCCAAAAUGGAUAGAUGUGUGAAAAACAAAGAUGAUGAAGAUACAGCUGUCAAAACCUCACCUAAAAUAGAAACAUUGAUGAAAGGGCGCCCUCCUCUAUCAAAGAAAAAAUUAUCAAGUGUAUCUCAAGAACCUGAACAAGCAUCUGAGCCUACGAUUUCAAAAUCAAAAGUUCCACUGUCGAAAUCGAAGUCCUUAAUAUCAGCUUCGCAGGUGGAAGCACUUGAAGAGCCUGUUAAGAAGAGAGGGAGAAAGGCUAAGAAGAAGUCUGAAGAUGAAUCCAAGAAUUUGAAUGAGAUCAUUGAGCCAGUAUCAAACAGAAAAAGACAGAGAGCAAAAAGAACUGUAUAUCAGAAGAUGAUUUACUUUAAAAUAAAAUUGCCGAAAUGCGAGGCCACAAGAGAAGAGCUUAAGAAUUUUAAGAGAAGAAAGUAUCAAGAGGAAGCCGUCAAGCCAAAGACAAUCUUCCACCCCAAGAAGGGAUACGCAAUCAGAUCUAAGACACCAAUUGUAUUUAGUUAAUUCUUUCAUAAAAAUCAUCUCUAA